AAUUGCUCAAUGGCAACAGACGAGCGUUAGUUGAAUCGGUGACGCCACAAACCUGAAAUAUUGUACACUCAGUUCAAGUUAGUGCGACAAACAAACAAACCGUUUUCAAACAUAGAAAAACGUGCAAAUUAAUACAGUACACUCAGUGCGCAUUAAAUUUGGCAAUCGAAAGCGCUAUCACAUGUUGCGCAUGACAUGUUACUAUCGAAACUUUUGAUAAAUUUCGAUAGUUUCACGUUUCACUUCUAAACUAUCGAUACUUCUCGACCUAUAUUUAUUUGGUAUUUUUGUUUAACUAUUUUUGUCUUUUGUUGAUGAAUGAAAUGAUAAUACUGAUAUUAUUAUCAAUAUAUUGGUAUUAACACAGUUUGUAUUAAUAUACCGCGAGUAUUCGGGCGAAUACCUACCUACUAUAGGUAUAUUUAUAUUUUGUAUAGUCCUUAGGAAACAAGUGAAAUAAAACAUAAACUUGCAAAACAUGGACGAGACCCAGACCCAAGUAAACAAACAAGUGGAUAAUUCCAUCGAAUACUUCAAGAAAAUUUGUCGGGUAUGUCUGGUACCUUCCGAGAAUUUAUGUCCAAUUAUUAAUGUGGUAUUCAAUCACAAAAACAUAGAGAAAGAGGUGUCUUGCACCUUGACUGAGGUAUUCAAUAAGUAUUGUGAUGUGGUAAAAGAUGCCUACCUCAAACCCCAAAAUAUUUGUGAACUAUGCUUGGAUUUGACAUCUAAGGCUUUCAGUGCUUUCGAAUUAUUCAAUGCAUCAAAUGCACGUUUGGAUAAUAUAAUUGCACAAACAAAACUCAAUGAACACAAUUCUGUGAUUGAAAUUGAUUUAUUAUCAGAAGCAAGUGAUGGUAAUCAAGAAUUUGAUCCAACAGGUAGCAAUAUUGAAAUAGAUGAUGAAGAUGAUGAUGUUAGAAGUGAAACAGGUGAUGAUGAUGAUGAUGAUGAAAUAGAUGGCACAGGAUCUAGACACAUAAAUAGAAGUUUAGAUAAAUCGACUUUAUCGGAGAAACAGAAAACAAUGUUUGAGGCUACCAAAAAAGAAAUACUAUCAAGGAUCCAACGUGAAGCCCAAAUUUUCAGAUGUAAUCUUUGCGACAGUGGCCUACUGACAGGCAUAGAGGUCGUUAUUGAACAUAUGAAGGAUGAACACCCUUUGGAAAAACAGUGUAUCUUGUGCCUAAAAACGUUUCCAACACAAUCAUGCGCUCUCAGCCAUGUUAAUUCAUUCCACUCAAAUAAAAAUGAAAAUCUUCCUCUUUGUAGAAAAUGUAACAAGUUUUUUAAGAAUCAAGAAGCUUUGGACGAGCACAUGGAAAGUGAGGAACAUAAAAACUACAAUUUUCAAUGUAUAUGUCAUUUUUGUAAAAAAAUAUUUAAUAGAGGAAUUUUGCUGAAGAGGCACAUUUUAGAAGUUCAUUUUAAAAAGCACAAUAAGUCAGGGACGUGCCCAAAAUGUGGAGUUGCCUUCAAACAUAAAGAGAAUCUAAACAGUCAUGUUUGUGCUUAUGAACAUAUCGAAAAUGCCAAAGCAGCAUGUUUGCUGUGUUCUAAAUGUGGUCAUGAUUUUCCAUCAGAACAUCUUCUCAAAUUACACCAGAAAAAUCAACACAGCAGACCACUGAAGUGUGACUACUGUUCAGAAAUGUUCCAAGCACCCAGCGCAUAUUUCAAACACAGAAUUUCACAUCCCGAGUGCACUGACAUUGUCUGUCCGCUUUGCUGUCAAGUCUCAGAAAACCUUGCAGAAUAUAAAAUGCAUCGUUUGGAGAAUCAUACCGAACAUGUUUGUCACAUAUGCAAUAAGGGUUUUCACAAAGAAUGUACUAUGACUCAACAUUUACGAACUCAUUCAUCGAACCAACUGUUUGAAUGUCACCUUUGCCCACAAAAAUUCAAAUACAAAAGCAGUUUGACACUACACAUAAAUGAGCACAUCAACAGACCAUCUUACGCCUGCAACUAUUGUGAUAAAACCUUUAAACGGCAAAGACUGCUCCGAAUACAUAAAACAGUUGUGCACAAGAAUGUGAAAAAAUUCAAGUGCAGAAAAUGCGACAAAGCGUUUACUAAUAAUUGGGCCCUACAUUCGCACUUGCGACUACAUAUGGGCUUUAAACCAUUUUCGUGUCCCUUCUGUACCAUGGUCUUUGUGGACACCACCAACAGGCACCGGCACGUUAAGAAAAUUCAUCCGGAUAAAAUGGACGAUUUCGAAUCCUAUAAGCAAACUUAUCAGAGUGAAGAAGUUAGAAUAGUCAAUUCGAUUCCAAUAACAUCUAUCGACCGGUCUAGUGGGGAUGAAGAGGAUACAAAUGACCUAGAAGACGAGGAUGACACUGAAAUGAUAACGAUUGAAGAGGAAGAAGAAGAAGAGGAAGAAAUAAUUCAUAUUAAAAAUGAAGACAUGGAAAGUGAUGUCCAGGAAAAUGAUUUAAGUGAUAAUUAAAUUAAUUGAUGUUUUCUUU